AUGGUGAGAGGAGCCACCGGCGGUCUAGAACGCCUCUCGGGCUUUCCCUUUCGGUUCCGGUGUGAGGGUGCAAGGGGAGGUGAUAGUUUCGUAGAGUUGGGUCGGGGGACUGUCAGCCUGGCCCCGGCAGUUGCCACCCUUGAGGGCGAGCGAGGAGGCGGGCGCGAGCUCUUUGGGAGCAGGGAGGGGACUCGCGGGACCGGCAGAUCCCGGGGUUUGGGCGGGCGGGGAGGAGCUGCGGGAGCAGAAGAGAAGCGAGCGGCUGCCGUCUUCUCCCGGGAAUCUUUCGGGAGGGAACUUUUCGGCGGCGAGCAAGCAGGAAAGGGAAGCCCUGGGAGGGCCGAGGAAGACAUUUGGCCUGUCGGCGGCGUGUCUAGUCGGCUGGGGUGUGGAAAAAUUGGGAGUCUCAUGGCAGCAGCAGUAGCUGCGGGGAGCUCCGGAGGUCCGCUGAACCCUGUUGCGACCCUGCACGAGGAAGCCGUCUGUGCCAUCUGCCUGGAUUACUUCACAGACCCGGUGUCCAUUGGAUGUGGCCACAACUUUUGCCGUGUGUGCAUCACUCAGCUUUGGGGUUCGGGUGAAGAAGAAGGUGAUGACCUGGGAGCCUCUGGCUCAGAGGGGGAUGCUGAUGACGGGGGGAUAGAUGACCUGGGGCCUGAAGAAGAUGGGGAUUACGACAACGACCUGGAGGACAACGAUUACUUAGGAGAUGGAGAUAUGGGUGAUGAGGAUGAAGACGACGUGUCCAGGGAUGAGUACGAUGAUGAAGAAGAUGACGAUGUCUGGGAUGAUGAUGACAGAGAGUACUGGGACCAGGAAAUAUGGGAUGCUUCUAUGGGGAGUGAUUUAUUUUUUGAUAAUUAUGAUGAGGAUGAGGAAGUAAUGGAUGAAGAGCCAGAAGAAAUGGCAGAAUAUACUGUGCCGGCAACACCACCUACUCCACAACGGCAGUCUUUUACUUGUCCUCAGUGCCGCAAAACUUUUCCUCAUCGCAAUUUCCGGCCCAAUCUUCAGCUGGCCAAUAUGGUGCAGAUCAUCCGUCAGAUGCAUCCACAACCACUGAAGCCUAUGAUAACGUCCAAUGACGUAGUGGACAUGGCGGCAGCAGGAAAUUCAUCAGGGGUGCCAUCUACUUUAGCUGCAAGUCAUGCUCCAAGAGUCCUAUGUGAGAAACACCAGGAGCCACUUAAGCUCUUUUGUGAGGCAGAUGAAGAGCCCAUCUGUGUAGUGUGCAGAGAGUCACGAGCCCAUAAACACCACAGUGUUAUGCCACUAGAGGAAGUUGUGCAAGAAUAUAAGGCUAAACUCCAGGGUCACUUGGAUCCAUUGAAAAGGAAACUGGAGUCAGUUCUCCAGCAGAGGUCAAGCGAAGAGGAGAAAAUAACAGAUAUCAAGAACAAGAUGAAACUUGAUAUGAAAGAGUUUGAGUCCGACUUUGAGCGGCUGCAUCAGUUCCUGGUUGGAGAGCAAGCCAUGCUGCUUCACCAGCUGGAAGACCGCUAUGAGAUACUACUGGCCACCCAGAGUAGCAACAUCUCUCACCUGGAGGAGCAAGGUGCUGCACUAACCCGUCUUAUUGCAGAAGCCGAAGACAAGAGCAAGCAAGACGGUCUGCAGCUGCUCAAGGAUUUCAAAGGCACUUUAGUCAGGUGUGAGAAUAUCACAUUCCAAGAUCCAGAGAUGGUGCCAGUGGACACAGGAAAAAAAUACCGCAAUUACUUCCUUAUAGAUGUUUUAAUGAGGAAGAUGGAGAAGGUCUUUACCAAAGCCCCUCAAGCUGAUUUGACUCUGGACCCUGAAACAGCUCACCCACGGCUCACUCUUUCCUCCGACUUCCGCAGCGUCCGACUUGGGGAGCGCUGGCGGGAUCUGCCGGAUAACCCCAAACGCUUUGAUUCUGACUACUGUGUUUUGGCCUUGCAGGGCUUUGCGUAUGGUCGCCACUACUGGGAAGUGGAGGUGGGUGGCCGGCGAGGGUGGGCUGUGGGGGCAGCCCGCGAAUCGGCCCGACGAAAAGAGAAAUCCUGCAGUGGUUCCCACCAGAAGCGGGAGAUCUGGUGUGUAGGAACCAACGGUAAGAAGUACCAGGCUUUGACUACCACUGAGCAGACCUCCCUCUGUCCAGCUGAGAAAUUGCGGCGCUUUUGUGUCUACCUGGACUACGAACGAGGCCAGCUAGGAUUCUACAAUGCUGAAAACAUGGCUCAUAUUCACACCUUCAACGCUUCGUUUCGCGAGCGCAUCUUCCCCUUCUUCCGCAUUCUUUCUAAGGGGACCCGCAUAAAGAUCUGCAAUUGAUGCCAUUGUGGCUGUUGCACAUAGCUGAAUUUAUCCCUUGAGGCCUCUGCUUCAUCCUAGCCCUCCCAUCCCCUCACCUAAUUAUGCCUGAUAAGAGUUUCUCAUCAUCCUUGGACUUUGGUGGAUUCCUUAUCUAGCUCUUAUUUUGGAUUCCUUCUGAGCGCGAUUCCUUCCCUUUGAUGAAUUCAGUUUUGCACAGUACUACUCUGGUGUUUGACCAGGUCAUGGAUCUGACUUUAUUUUCCUUAUGGUGCAGAUCCAUCUUAGGAAAAAAAAAAAGUGCUCUCUCUCCUUAUACUUUUUGGGUAUAAUCACAUGUCAGCUGAUUAUACCCUUCUCAUCUUUAGAUAGUUGAAACCCUGAUCUUCUGUGUCUCAGAAGAGAAAUUAGAGUCCAAGGGUUCUCAACCUUGGUAACUUUAAGACUUGUGGACUUCAACUCCCAGAAUUGAAUUCUGGGAAUUGAAGUCCACAAGUCUUAAAAGUUGCCAAGGUUGAGAACCCCUGAAUUAGACCUUAUGGAGCAUGCAAUUAUAAGGUUGGUGGGACCUGCUGUGGCUUUUUAACUUGGGUUUAGCAAUCCAAGAUUUCUUCUUGACUUUUUCUGAAGAUACCUAAAACUUUCUAGUCAGGCUUUGAUGACCUAAACAAAAUAAUAGACCUAUGUAUGGUAACUUUUCUCUGUUUUGAAUUCCCCUGAUCAGACAAGGUGACUGUUCCAAUAUGUUCUUGGGAUUGGAUCAAAGUCCAUGCUUUAUAAGCUGGGAUGAGGAACAUGUGGCCCUCCAUAUGUUACUGAAUGACAGUUUCUAAGAACCCCAGCAAUCAUAGCCUAUGUUGAAGGAUACAGGAGUUGUGGUCCGGUACCAUCUGGAACAUGGAAUAGCCUCAGUGUUACGUCUGUGUUGCUGUCACCAGAGCCUGGAUUCCUGUAGCCCUCACACUAGCUUGCAUUUUAAAGUAAUGAUACGGAAAUAUUUUUGGCAGAUUCCUAAUGCUAUUAUUCCUUAAUUGCUCCAAUGCCUGUAUUCUGAUUUCCUGUUUUUUUUGUUUUGUUUUUUGCAAUUUACUAAUAACCAAUUUAAAAAAAAUAGAAUUGCAAGUUCUGUCCCAUGUUCUUUACGCUGAUUUCAUGAGAUGUUCCAUUUGAAAUGUCUCUUAAAUCUUUGAUGCUCUUUUCUAUCUCUUCUGCCAUUUAUCUAUUCUAGAAUGUCACAUGCUGGCCAUUUGGAGCAAGGACAGUUCCAAGUGCUGUUGAGCUGUUGAAUGUCAGUCAUGACUGUAGAUGUGUGUGUGCUAUCCCAUCAGAUGCUAAGAUCACAUUAUUGUUGUCUUAUCCUCUUUCUCUGUCUUCCCACCAUCUGCUUUGAAUAACUUAUUUUAGUCCUUCAUUAGUUUUAGCCUUCCCUGUGGAGUCUUCUUGAACCGCUGAAGGCUUUAGCUGUUCCAUCCAUAUGUGGUUUUUUUAAAAAUUCUUUUUGGCUUGACAGAGCUGCUUCUGAACUAUUUUUUGCUAAAAAAUAUUAAAAGGAAAUCUAGUUUUUUGGAAAAAUGUUGAGAGAUAAAUAAAGUAAUAAAUGAUUACAUGUGAAA